AAGUGCUAAUUCAAUCUUAUCGCACUUAAGUUCAAUUAAAUAAGAUUGAAAUGGCAAAUGACAGCAACUUUAGUGAAUUCAAUCAAUUUAACGUAACACAAAUUGGCCAAAAUUUUGGCAACGAUGGAAAUAAUGUUACAUCUUCGCCGACUGGUCCACUUCCCCAGGAGCCGUUUUUUACCCAACUAGAAGUUGCUGGUUUGGGAACCAUUAUUUGUCUAAUGUCAAUCAUUGGAAUAAUAUUAAACAGCAUCACGUUCUUUGCAAUCUUAUUGGAUACAAAACUGAAAAAUUCAGUUUUCAACGUUUUUAUAUCGAGUUUGUGCGUUUCUGACUUUUUUUCAUCAAUCAGCAAUCCGUUGACAUUUUUUGCAUUGAUGGGAACUCAUAAAGAUUAUUUAUUUCCAGACAUUGUGUGUAAGUUGCAUACCGCUGUGAUAUAUGGACAACCAUUUGUACUAUUCAGCAUAUUCUUGUAUUUUCACUCCUCCGUCUUGUGCCGUUUCAUUGGAGGUGCUUUCAUAUGGUUGGAAACUUUUGGAGUGUCUUUUGUACCUUACUUUUACUUUAUGGGGGUAUUCAAAGGUUCUCACCUGGAUCCUAACGUUAUGUUGUGCAGGGGUGGCGGACAGACUCUCAUGAUACGAAGGAAAUUCUCCAAAGAAGCAUUGGGGAAUGGCAGGAAGACAAAAGAUGAAAAUUUUGCCAUCCUCCAGCUUUCUUUGAUUUUGCUUUCUUUUCUGAUUGGAUAUAUUCCGGAUGUUGCUCGCCGACUAUUCAACACGAAUAACUCACUAAGAACCAAGUCGGAUUUGUUGAUUUAUAUUAUACCGAUAUUCAUUUUGCGAUUUUCGGAAUGUCUGAAUCCAGUGUUCUACAAUAUAUCUUCCAGCUCAAUUAGAAAUGCAUCUGUAGACUUACUCAAAAAAUUGUUUUGUUGCUGGAAACGAGAUUCAAGACCUUUGCCGGAAUCAGAACGAGAUCGAAGAAGGUUGCCUGGUAGUCAAGAAACGAAAUUUAGUGAGCAGAACACAAGAAAAACCAAUGCAUAACAUUUGUUACACAAUAUGAUUAAUAUUGAAACAAACACCAAGAAACACAUGAAUAACAUUGGCUCUGAUAAAAUAUUUGAAAUUACAUUCUGUAAAAUAUUUGUUAUAAUUGUUUAUUAUGACAAUUUUUUUUUUUUACAAAUUUUUUACUAUUUUCGAUGGCAUAAUUUAACUUGAACCUGGUUCAAUGCAUAUAAAGAUAAAGUCAAUCCAUUCUACGUGAAUUACCAUUUAUAUGCAUUUUAUUUUCUCCAACUUUCUUCAACAGAAAACAUUAUUGUUUUCUAGUUUACGCUGUUUCUUCAUGCAAUUUGAUUGCGAAUCAUGUUUUGCUGUAAAUAUUGUGUCUGUAUAGCAAUGUGCUUGUUUAAUGUUAUAAAUAUUUAUAUUCAUAGUGAAAAAAGAUUUGCUUCAUCGGUCGCUAUAUAAAGUUUUUGUGGUUUAAUGAAGACUUUAGUUUUGUUUCGUGCACUGGGAAAGCAUCUUAUUGAAAUAUGUUGCACAGGCUACUCAUGUAAAAGCUCAUGUAUUCCUUUUCAAUUUAAAAUUCUGUUUUUCAAGUUUUGUGAAAGUUUGCCGUUUAGAUGUUAUUUCAGUUGAAUAUAGUUU